AUGAGUAUUCGAAUAAAUGCAACCGUCAAUGAGGCCCGGGCCGCCGCAGGGCACAAGAGAGAGCAGUGGAAUCGAUUUUAUCACUUGACAAAGGACGAAACGAGGCAGCUCGCAGACACACACCCAGAUUGGACACGGUGGAUCCUGAUACCCUCGGAUGAGAAGGAACGUCUGUUGGAGAGGGUCAAUGGCCUAUUGCAGGCUGAGGGCAUACCGCCGGUCGAGAUGAUCAUCCUUAAGUGGCGAGUCUCGCAACUGUUGAGGGACAUUCAACGCAAGUACAGUACAACGUUCGCUAACGAUUGGUGUUUAGCCGAAGGUAGUAUGACGAAAGGAAUGCAGGGCUCACUAUCCGGGUCGCCGGUAAAACACCGGAUAGAAGUCGAGCCACGGUCGUCGGGUAGCAGCGUGCAACAGUCGUCAAGCCCUCAACGUUGGGAGUAUUCGCCAAGCGAGACCCGGCCAUAUGACCCAAUCCGGGAUGUGUAA